UUGCCUCAGGAAACCUUAGAGCCCCAGAAGUCUCCUUGGGUUGGCCAAGCUUACCCAGCAAGUCUAGAAAGAACAUAACCCAGGGAUUAAAAUCUGGUGUUCCUCAAGAUGGCCUGAUAUGAAAAAGUCCCACAUCCAGCCUCUUCAAGGUGUCCUGAGGCCGCCUUGUCCUUCAAGUGCAGGAGCUGGUUGAAGUAUCAGGAAUGGAAGCCAAUGUGACUAUCCCAAUCUGGCAAAACAAGCCGUAUGGGUCUGCUCGAAGUGUAGUGAGAAGAAUUGGGACAAACCUACCCCUGAAGCCGUGUCCCCGGGCAUCCUUUGAGACCCUGCCCAACAUCUCUGACCUGUGUUUGAGAGAUGUGCCCCCAGUCCCAACUCUGGCUGACAUUGCCUGGAUUGCUGCAGAUGAAGAGGAGACAUAUGCCCGGGUCAGAAGUGACACCCGCCCCCUGAGGCAUACCUGGAAGCCCAGCCCUCUGAUUGUCAUGCAGCGCAAUGCCUCAGUGCCCAACCUGCGUGGAUCUGAAGAGAGGCUUCUUGCCCUAAAGAAGCCAGCCUUGCCAGCCCUAAGCCGUACCACCGAGCUGCAGGAUGAGCUGAGCCACUUGCGCAGCCAGAUUGCCAAGAUAGUGGCAGCUGAUGCAGCUUCGACUUCAUUAACGCCAGAUUUCUUAUCUCCAGGAAGUUCAAAUGUCUCUUCUCCCUUACCUUGUUUUGGAUCCUCAUUCCACUCUACAACUUCCUUUGUCAUUAGUGACAUCACCGAGGAGACUGAGGUAGAGGUCCCUGAGCUUCCAUCAGUCCCCCUGCUUUGUUCUGCCAGCCCUGAAUGUUGUAAAUCAGAACACAAAGCUACCUGCAGCUCGUCAGAAGAGGAUGACUGCAUCUCUCUGUCCAAGGCCAGCAGCUUUGCAGAUAUGAUGGGUAUCCUGAAAGACUUUCACCGGAUAAAACAGAGCCAAGAUCUGACCCGGAGUUUAAUGAAAGAAGAAGACCCUGCUGUGCUUAUUUCUGAAGUCCUAAGAAGGAAGUUUGCUCUGAAGGAAGAAGAUAUCAGUAGAAAAGGAAACUGAGAGCACUCCACCCUGCAAACAGUCUCACGCUCCUGGAAUUUCUUCAGUAGCUGCCUUCCUCACCGCAGAUGUUUCUGCCUCUCAGUUAGGAAUCUUCUGCAAGUCUUGCUGACAAGCUAGAGCUUGGAAGAAGAGCCGGAUUAUGUGUUUCCAUACUUCAAACCUUAGUAGAAGCUAAGGCCUGUGGUUUGAGCUGAGACAUUUGUUGCAGGUAAUUGUGUAGAGUGGCUUAAUUUAUGGGGUAAGAUAGAUGUUUCUUAUAUUCUCUUGCCCCCAUGUGAAAAUAGGUCCUAAAAUGAAGGAAUGACUUCACUGCAUUAGAUCCCAUAACUUGUCUCACCAGACACUUUGUGUGCAGCUGUCACUCACUGUCAGCAGCUUCCUUGUAGCACAGCAGGGCUUUAGGGAAAGGACUGUUUAUAUACAUGUUCACAAGGCAGAACUAUCUUAUGCUGCUCCAUCAUAACCUGCACCAGUGCCCAGCUGUCACCCUUCCCUGUCUAGUUGGAGAGGUCGGCAGCUGGACCAGCCAGUACUUGGGCUGCAACUGGGAGGCUUGUUUUUUUCUGAAGCAUAUUUUAUAAUACUGUACAACCAAAUCUACCCUCCAAGGCCUUGGAGCCUCAUCAGAUCCACUGAUUAAAAACUUUUUCUUCCAUGGACUUUAGUUUAAGUCCAGUAGGAAAGAGAAGCGAGGAGGGGAAAGAACAUACCAUCCUUCUUCCAGGCCCUGGACUAACUGUUCUUUUGGGUUGGGCCAAGGUUUGCACCUACUGCAUCAUGCAUGACUCACAUGCCCUCGGGGCCCCUUUCUCCGUGGUAUGUAUACAGUGUGUAUUUGGGUUGAAAUACUACCUGGCAUUAAAUGAAGGAUUUGGAGAAA